AUUAACCUCUAUCACAUCUCGUUGAAAGUUGAUUGUCAGAUUGUUGUGUUGUUAAUUUUGGUUAUUUGAUGACAUGACAGGUAUUUUGUUUGAUAGUUAUUUGAAAUAAUUAAAAACUUAAUGAUUAAAAGCAUCUUAUUAGAAUAUAAAUAAAAUACAUUACCCUCAAAAUGUCGGUAGUAAUCGAAACAACCCUAGGCGAUAUAACCGUUGAUUUAUAUUUAUCUGAUAGACCUAGAGCCUGCUUGAACUUUCUAAAGCUGUGCAAAAUAAAAUACUACAAUUAUAACUUAUUCCACACAAUAAGUCGUGGAUUUAUAGCGCAAACUGGAGAUCCUACUGGAUCUCGUAAAGGGGGAGAGUCCUUUUAUGGUGUUUUAGAUGGUCCAGACAAGAGAUAUUUUGAAGGAGAAACCGAACCUAGAAUUAAACAUACAAAAAUGGGCCUCAUUUCGUUCGUUGGAAAUGAUGAACGUAUGAUAGGAUCACAAUUUUUUAUCACCCUAGGUGAAGAUUUAAUCUAUUUAGAUCAGAAGCAUUGUGUUUUUGGAGAAGUGGUCGAAGGAUUGGAUAUUUUAGAAAUUAUAAAUGAAGUUAUUUGUGAUACAGAUGAUAGACCUUAUCAAGAUGUUCGUAUUACUCACACAGUUGUCUUAGAUGAUCCUUAUCCUGAUCCAAAAAGAUUGAGGGUGCCAUCCAGGUCUCCUUCUCCUAGUUCUGAAAGACUACAAGGGGGUCGGAUUGCGCCUGAUGAGGAUGUCGAUGAAACGGAAGGAAAAAGUGCACAAGAAGUUGCUGAAUUGCAGGCUGAACGUGAAGCUAAGGCUAGAGCCACUAUUUUAGAAAUGGUAGGUGAUCUACCAGAUGCUGAAAUGGCACCACCUGAAAAUGUAUUGUUUGUUUGUAAACUUAAUCCAGUAACUACAGAUGAUGACUUAGAAAUAAUAUUUAACAGAUUUGGUAAAAUCGUUUCAUGUGAGGUUAUUAGAGAUAGAAAAACUGGAGACUCCCUUCAAUAUGCUUUUAUUGAGUUUGCUGAUAGAAAGUCCUGUGAGGAUGCCUAUUUUAAGAUGGAUAAUAUACUUAUAGAUGAUCGUAGAAUUCAUGUAGACUUCAGCCAGAGUGUUUCUAAGGUAAUAUGGCAUGGUAAAGGUAGAGGUGUGACACAUUAUGAUGAAGAUGGGAGAAAGACUAAACUGGGAAGCAAUGAUAUUGGAACAGGUAAUUACAAAACUAAAACCCAAAAACCAAAAAAUCAGAUGGGUUAUAAAAAUUAUCAUAAAGAAAAUAAUGGAAGAGAUUUAUCAAAUUCAGAAUUACUAAAAUCUUCAAAAAGAAAACAUGAAAAAUCUAGAACAAAAUCUCCAUUAGAAGAUUCUUAUAAUCCAAAUCGUUUAGAGUCCAGAAAACAAGAUAACAAGGAAAAAUAUCUUUCUUCUAGAUCACCAAGUCGAAAGGACAAAAAAGAAUCGAGACCUACUCCAAGUAGAGAGAAGAAAUUUAGGCCACCCUCAAGGUCAUUAAGCCCACAUAGAGAAAGACCAAAUCGAUUAAGGUCACGGUCACCUAGAAGAAGAAGAAUGGACGACAGAAGAGAAAGAAAGUCAGAUCGAUAUGAGGAUAACUCAAAAAGAGAAGAUUUUGCACGCAGAAGAUAUGAGGAUUCCAGUAGAAGAAAUGAAUGCAGACCUCCUAUUAGAGAUUCCAGACAUUCCAGUUACAACAGAAGUGGUCAUUUAUCCUCAAAAUAUCUCGAAAGGGAACCGAAAAAUGAAAGAUUUGGAAGCAGCAGUAAUUCUCAUCGGAAAUCAAGGAUGUCGGAAAAGGAGAGAGAUGAUACACAUAAACAUUAUAAAGAAGAAAAGGAAAUUACUACUAAAUACAAGAACCCAAUAAAAAAGUCCAACAGCGAUAAUAAUGAGUCUUUCAAGCGCGAAAUUGCAGAAAAAGAAUCAAAGAAGAAAAAUAGAGAUGUCAAAUGCACUAGCAGUGAUGGAAUAAGUAAAUAUAAAAAGAAGAAAAAAGGAGAAUCAACGAAUUCUGAAUCCGAUUCAUCUGAAAGUGAAAUUGAGAAAAAAAGGUCAAAAAAGAAGAAAAAGAAAUAUUCUAGUAGUAGUAGUAGCAGCAGCAGCAGCAGCAGUAGUGAUAGUAGUGAAGAAGAAACUGCUAAGAAGAAGAAGAAGAGGAAGAAUAAAAAAUCAUCUGGUUCAAGUUCAGAAAGUGAAGUGAGCGAUUCUAGUGAAAGCGAUUCAAGUGACAGUGAGGACGAAAAAAGAAAUAGAAAUAAGAAAACGAAAAAACGGAGUAAAACAAGCAGUGAAAGUGAGAGUUCAGAGGACGACAGGAGAAAAUAUAAAAAGAAAAAGAAACAAUAAAUAUGUUGUUUUUAAGUAUUAGUCAUUCUUUAUACCAAAUAAAAUAUAUAAUUUUU